AUUCGCAAUCGUAUUUUUGACUUAGCCACAUUUAUUUUGGCCUACUUAGUGUUCUGAUAUAGAAAUGCUGUAGAAGAUAUUGUGAAAAAAUUAAAACAGAAACUAGUACCGUCAAAAUGAUAACCAUUUCGUCAUUCUUACCAACUUAUCAACACCUGGAUGAAGAAUCUUCAAAACAACCUCUAUUUUCAUCGACUAAUAUUAUUAAUUAUGACAAAGAUACAAAUAAAAAUUUGAUUAAUAACAAUACGAAGAGUAAAGAUUCAAAUUCAAUUGAUAGAAUUGGAAAAAACGAUGAUACUGAAGAAGUAAACGAUACAACUAUUGACAAGAAUGAAUAUGAAGAAGAAAAACUGAUUCGUGUUUAUGGGAAAUAUAAAUUCUUGUUAUGGGAAUUCGAAACUCCAAUUAUAUGGUAUAGUGUAUUCUUUAUAACGAUCUGGCAUAUUUUAUCUGUGUAUUUUGUGGCGAUCUAUCCUUUUCCUGAAAAGAUGCCUCUAACAAUUUAUGCUUUCUGUAUUGGUGGAUUGUCAGGAUUUGGUAUAACGGCAGGAGCUCAUCGAUAUUUUACGCAUAGAUCCUAUAAAGCAAAGUUGCCAUUGAAACUAAUACUUCUAAUGUGUUACAGCAUCGCCGGACAAAAUAGUCUCUACGACUGGGUGCGGGAUCAUAGAGUACACCAUAAAUUUAGUGAAACCAACGCAGAUCCGCACAAUGCGAACAGAGGUUUAUUUUUUUCGCAUGUGGGAUGGUUGAUGAUGCGCAAGCAUCCAGAAGUAAUCAGGAAAGGAAGAAAAUUGGAUUUAACUGAUCUCACCGAUGAUCCAUUGAUAGCCUUCCAUAUUAAGCACUGGACUUUGAUCAAACUAUUCUUCUGUUUUAUCUUACCGUCUUCCAUUCCUCCUUUAGUAUGGAAAGAAAGCUGGUUCUAUAGCAUCGCCGCCAUUUGUUUUGUUCGAUAUAUUCUAUCUCUGAAUUUCACAUGGUCGGUGAAUAGUUUCGCUCAUCUUUAUGGACACAGACCAUAUGACAAGAAAAUCUUCCCAGUUGAAAAUGUAACGGUUUCAUUUUUCGCCUUGGGAGAGGGAUACCAUAAUUAUCAUCACACGUUUCCUUGGGAUUAUAGAGCGGCCGAAUUGGGUCAGAAAUUGAAUAUAACGACGGUGUGGUUGGACUUUUUCCAAAAGAUUGGAUGGGCGUACGAUAUGAAAGCCCCGUCCAAUGAACUUGUAAGGAAAGUGGCUAUUAAAAACGGCGAUGGGACACAUUAUAAGUGGGGACACGAAGUUCCCGAAACGGCCGAUUGUUCCACAAAAGAAAUUCGAAAUACGCGAUGAGUAACAAAAUAUUUUUAUCGCUUGAUUUGAAAGCGUUAUUUCCAAAGAAUAUUUCAUCAAAAAUGUCGGUAUAUUUAUAAAAAAAUAAACAUGUUUAAGAAAA